CUGAGUCGAAUUGAGUGAGGCUAGUCCCAGAAAGAGAAUUUCGAUUUGCAAACACAGUAAAAUUUCUCUACUCAAAUUCAAAUCAGUUUUUAUCUAACAUCCCAUAAUUCAUUCAUUCAUUUAAACAUAUAUCGGAUAAUAUUUACCGCUAAAAAUUCAAAGUGACAAAAAAAUAAUAAAACAGCCAAAAACAUGAGUUUUGGAAAUUUUCUACGGCGUAUAUCCUUUGACAGUGAAAAAAUCCAUACGGAUUCACCAACUUCCGAGGGAAGUGAACCGUCCUCUACUGGCAUGAAUGCCUUUUUUACAUCACCGAGUAAAAUUUUUGAAAGUGUCAAUGCAAAAACUGGCCACUUGGUGUCAGAUUUAAAUCAAAAGUUAGAUAUCAGUGGGAAACUUGAUUCUAUUAAACAGGCUUCCGUCGGUACUUUGGAACAGGUUGUACGUGGUACGUCAGUUAGCCGUUCGGAUAGUAAAGAUGUAUCACAGAAGGAGGAAAUCAGUGAUUCACCGUCGUCGUUCCACGAUAAAUCGAAGAUGGUAGAUUUCGAUACACCGCAAUAUACGCAGAAAUCAACAGCCCAAUUCUCACCGGCUGAUCAGUUGGAAAGAUCGAAAGAAAUGCAGACAUCAUCAACUGCUGGUAGUGGUAGUGGUAGUGGUGGUGGUGGUGGUGGAUUAAGACGACAGAGUACACAGAAUACACCUCGGCCGCCGAGACCCCCUCCGCCAAGUACUGCAGCGCUCAGCAGAGCUAUGAGCUUGGAUGAAACCAAUCUUUCUGCACAAAUGAAGACCGUGAGAAAGGGACAGUCCACUGACAGUCAACACUCAGAUGAUCCGCAUAGAAAGUCAAAAUCUUCCGGGAAAGAUCGUAUGCAAUCAUUGAAAGCGAAUGAGGAAACACGUAUUAUUCAGCAACAGCCUGGUGCACCUGUCAUUGAAGAAGAAGAAAACAGCUCUGCUUCAGAAUAUGGUGAAAAUGGUGAUCAGCCAAUUUAUAGACAAGAAUCCGAGUUGCCAAUCCCUGCAGAUAAACAAGCUAAUAUUUCAAGUCACGUGAAGCUGCCAUCAUCAAAAAGUGCAGCGGUAAAAGACGAGGAGAAAUCUUCUUCUGCCUAUCACUUGACUUCAACAGAAUCUAGUGCUACGAAUUUGGAAGAGAUUCAAGAAUUUAUGGAAUUAUAUGUCUCGGCAUUGAUUAUAGGACGGUAA